AUGCACAUAUUCUCUGCAGACCAUAGUUGCCUUUAGGACACAAAAUCACCCCUGCUAUUUACUGAGAUAAGCCAGCUUUCUUAUGGGGAAGUUCCACGGGGAGCAAUAGCAAUUACUUCCUCUGGCUCUCCACCAAACACCUUUUGGCGAGAGGUCGCCCGCUAUGUCCUCUACGAAGAGGUGUUUGACGAUGACCUGAAGCAAUUCAACACUCCGCAGUAUCCAUCCAUCUCAUAUCAAUACUUCGACAGACUUUGCAAUAUCUUCAACAAAGAUAGUGGCGAUUCGCUACAGAGUCCAAAUUUGUUUUUUUUUCUGUUAGACAUGAAACUACUGAAUAGUGCCGCUAAAACUAGUGAGAGUUUGAUGGCAGAGAUUGCGAAUUUCGCAGCCGAUGACGCGUGUCUGGCUCGUGCCAACGACGCCGAGGCCUUGCUGACCACUCUGCUGGCCUACCGGUGGCAUCCACAAGUCAACCCCCGCCAAGGCAUAUACAGACUUCCCCGUUUCUCCGUUACAGGGCCCGGACGACGCAUUUCACUUGUGUCCCGUGCUGAAGCGGUAUCUGAUCUUACCAAUAAAUAUCUCUCCGUUUGCCUGCCCAGACAUUCUGAGUCCUGUAACAUUAUGAUUGGCCGUUUAAAAUGUCUCACUAAGCCCCUGUUCCUACUGGUCCGAAUCUUAAAUGAACAAACAACCAACAUAACGGGCCUGGUUGAGGUGGAUGUUCCUCUGCGCUUCGUUCUUCUCCUCAUCACACCAAGUAGCAGUGAAGAAAAAGAUCUUCAUCAGAUUGGACGGUGUUUUGCCUCUAUGCUCAAUGAUCAGAAAUUUCUUGCUGAUCUUUAUCGAGUCCAGAAGCCAGCGGAUCUCUACCAAUCUGCAAUCAGUUUCCGUAAAAAUAUGAUUGUACUUUCAAGUGGUCUUCCAGAGGUUCUAAAUCACAGCGGAGGGAUCGACGUUCCCAUCGCUUAUUACAACGAAGUGUAUUUUGAAAGAUCUGACCUUGUGUUUGAGGACUAUGCUGCGGACAUGUCAAAUCGUCAGUUCCUUGACUCAGAUGUGGGUCAUAAGUCCGGCAAGAUGCACUUCUGCUCCAAACACAGCUUCCAGCGCCUCUGGCCUCCCUUCAACGAGCUUGUGAAGGGUGUUAAGGUCUUCGCCUCUCGCUUACCCAGUGACUAUACCGAUGCCUUCACGAAGGACAAUGUAGGAACGAUGUUGAGCAGUAUUCUUUUUAUCUACUUCGUUGUUUUUGGACCCGCAAUUACCUUUGGAACUUUAAUGAUAAACGAAGUUCACCCCAACUAUGCCAUAAGCUUAAAUAUUUUCGCCACUGGAAUCUUCACUGUGCUUUAUUCCCUUCUUGCCGGACAACCACUAGGAAGUAUCGGACCUUCUGGACCAGGAUUUAUAUUAGAAACAGUCAUCGCACUUGUAAGUUCUGAAGCACUCAUCACUUUUGCCGUACCCCAAGAUGUCUCAAUCCCAGUCAAUGUAAAUGACACAGAAGAGUUACAAAGCGCACUUCAAAGCAAUCAGACCGCUUCAAAGGCCGCCGCUAAUCUCUUUCUCGCAACUUGCAUGCUGAUUUUUUCGAUUCUUAUUAACAAACUUAAGAGGAGUCAUUUCUUCCGACGAAAGUUUCGCUACUGGAUUGGUGCUUUCAAUGUGCCUCUCGGAAUCGUCUUCGUUACCUUGGUAGAGUACACAUUUUUUUCCAGCUACAACGUGCAAAAACUUGAUAUUCCAGCAGCAUCAGAGAAUGACCCUAAUGAAUGGGUAAACGUGAUCGACAUCAGCAAAGUGAUUAAUUUCACUCAGCCUUCCCCUGCGGUUCUGCACGGUCUGGCACUCCUUCUUGGUUUCUUUUUUGCUCUCCUUGUUUUCACCGAAACAGCACUCAACAGUGUUACAGCUUUGAAGCCCAAGGCAAAGAAACCGAGUCCUUUCGUAAUGGAUCAUGUGCUCACCGUGGUCCUAUUUCCAUUGAUAUCAUGCACCCUCGGUUGGCCGUUCAUGUCCGGCGUUCCUGUUCGCACAAUCGCCAACACCAUGGCUCUUGUGAAGGUCGAUCCCCACCCUCCACCAGGCAAACCUGCAGAAAUUAUCAGUUUGGUGGAGCAACGCGUUAGUGUUUUGAUAGUUGGUGUGCUCGUGACUUUCUCCGUAUACCUCGGCGACAUCCUACGCCUAAUCCCUGUUGCGGCACUUUACGGCAUGUUUAUUUACCUUGGGCUAUGCGGACUACGUGGAUUGGAUAGUGUAAACGCCCUGCUUGCCUUGUUAACUCGCCGCAAGUACUGGGGCCGAUGGGAGUUUCUCACUAACCUCCCCAAGGCUCAGUUAGCGGUCAUCACGGCAAUCAAUUUCACCGAGCUUGCGAUUCUCAUCAUCUUCAUUGUGACGGCUGAAUUCGCGACGGCUGGGUAUACCGCCUUGGCGACUCCGCUGGUGCUAAUUGGCUCGGGUCUCAUUCGUGAGUUUUGCCUCCCCAGGUGGCAAUGGCUGGCACCAACUCUCGAAAAGGUCAACCUUGCGAGGUCGAAAUGGGGCUUGGCGAGCGAACCGGAACAGAAAAAGCAGCUCAGGCCUGACCUCGUGAAAUUGCCUGGAAACAUCACUCUGAGCAUUCACUUUAACGAACUAUCUGAUCGACAAAUAAUAAUAACAUUCAUUUGGAAUGUUAACCUGCAGUGGAUGCCAAGUCGCCACGUGAUGGGACGGGAGUACUGA